AUGAUUCCUACUCCUCCCCCUUCUCCCAGAUCAUGUGGUGCCUGCGCUCCCGAGGAUCGCCUGGGCCAAAUUCUUGCCGGAUGCAUUCAAUUGACCGAAGUUCUUGGUGUUGGUGCUUAUGGCGUUGUCUACCGAGCUUUUGAUAUGUGCACUGGCGUCCAGUAUGCAGUCAAGGCCUUGAACAAGGUUGGCCUCGAACCCAGACAGAGGACUUUCCAGGAGAGAGAGAUCCAAUUGCACCACCAAGUAAGCCAGCACCCUAAUGUGGUGUCUCUGGUGAAGGUGUUGGAUUCCGCCGACUGCACCUUUGUUGUCAUGGAAUUCUGCCCCGAGGGAGAUCUCUUCUCGAGGAUCACUGAACAAGGAUUCUAUAUUGGUCAGGAUGCAUUGGUCAAGAACGCUUUCCUUCAAAUUCUUGAAGCCGUCCAGUUCUGCCAUUCUGUUGGCAUUUACCACCGUGACCUUAAGCCCGAGAAUAUCCUGGUUUCCGCCGACGGUAUUACUUUGAAGCUUGCCGAUUUCGGCCUUGCAACCCAGGAUUACUACACUUCGGACUUUGGAUGCGGUUCUACUUUCUACAUGUCCCCUGAGUGCCAGCAAUCAAACUCGCGUCCCAACGCCUGCUAUGCAUCUGCACCUAACGACAUUUGGUCUCUUGGUGUCAUCUUGGUUAACCUGACCUGUGGCAGAAACCCCUGGAAGCGGGCUUCCAUGGAUGAUUCCACUUUCCGUGCCUACAUGAAGGAUCGCAGUUUCUUGAAGUCAAUUCUUCCCCUCUCAGACGAUCUUGAUCACAUCUUGAGAAGAGUCUUCGACCUCAAUCCUGCUCAAAGAAUGACCCUCCCCGAGCUGAAGCAGGCCAUCCUUCUCUGUCCCCAGCUUACGAGCGAGCCCUCUGCUCCCGCACCCAUGGCCUCGCCUUCUUACACUGCUGCCGAUGCUGCCAGAGACGCUGCUUACUUGGCAUCUGCCCACCUCAUGGAGCCUGUCCCACCUAUGUCCCAGCUGCCUGCCUCCGGCCCCCAAAGCCCACCCAUGCCUUCGCCGGAGCCUCAGAAGGCCAACGGCCCUUUCGCUUUCUUUACCAACGGCCAGUGCACUCCUCAAUCAUACAUCGCACCAUGGUACAGCCAAUUUAUGGCAACUCUUCCCAAGCACGCUUCGAUCUUCCCCACGCGUGUCUUUUAA